CGGGGCGCUGGGGAGGUCCCGGCUCUCCCGUGACGGGGCGCGGAGCCCAGGCCGCGGGCGCUAUGGGGGUGUCUCGGCCCGUCCCGGUCCCUCCCUCGCUCCCGCCUCUCCCCGUCACGGGGGGCGGGCCGGGCCGGCCGGGCGAUGUCGGCUGCAGCGGAUGCGGCCGCGGCCGGGCCGGAGGCGCUGGGCCCGGCCAACUCCCCCUGGGUCUCCGCUGGCGGGCUGGCGCCGGGCCCCGGCUCCCCCGCGCUCUGCUGGGCCGCGCUGCUCGCCUGCCUCAGCCUGGCCUGCGCCUACGUGGGCAGCCUCUACGUGUGGAACAGCCACCUGCCCCGGAGAUAAUGCGGCCCUCUUCUUAUUUACAAUGUCACCAGAAAGUGAGAACAGGCAUUUGCAUGGCACUUUUGUAGCUGGCAUUGCAAGAGACCACCCGGCCGUGAUCAAGCGGCGAUUUACCAGCGUUCUGAUCGUCUCCGGCCUCUCGCCACUCUUCGUCUGGCUCUGGAAGGAGCUGACAGGCAUUAAGCCAGGUAUAUCCCUGCUAGUUCUGCUGGGCUUCCGACUGGAGGGCAUUGUGCCAGCGACUCUACUGCCCUUGUUGCUCACUAUGGUCCUGUUCCUUGGGCCCCUCAUUCAGCUCUCGAUGGACUGUCCCUGGGACUGGGUUGAUGGACUGAAGGUCAUGUUUGACCCCCACUUCUGGGUGCUGUGCCUGAGCGACAUGCGCUGGCUCCGCAACCAGGUGAUCGCACCCCUGACAGAGGAGCUGGUGUUCCGGGCCUGUAUGCUGCCCAUGCUUAUCCCUUGCACCGGCCUGGGGCCAGCCAUCUUCACCUGCCCGCUCUUCUUUGGUGUCGCUCACUUCCACCAUGUUAUUGAGCAGCUACGGUUCCGCCAGGGCAGCACAGCCAGCAUCUUCCUGUCGGCAGCUUUCCAGUUCUCAUACACAGCUGUUUUCGGGGCCUACACAGCAUUCAUCUUCAUUAGGACAGGACACCUGAUUGGCCCUGUGUUGUGCCACUCCUUCUGCAACUACAUUGGCUUCCCUGCCAUCUGUGCUGUCCUGGAGCAUCCCCAGCGCCUCACUGUUGUCAUCUUCUAUGUGCUGGGCAUGGUGCUCUUCCUCCUGCUCCUGCUCCCCAUGACUGACCCAGCUUUCUUUGGAGACAUCCCUAUUUGCUCUCUGCCUGCAGCCAGCUCCGGCUUCUCUGUGUGUUCCUGACAUCUGGGGCACGGGUUUCAGACCCGACAACACCCCCUGCACCCUCCCACUGAGAGCAAGAGAUAUAUUUUUUUAUUAUUAAAGUACUUUGGAAGGUG